UUGAUGAAUACAGAUCUGUGACGUUUCCAUCUUCAAUUCGGUAGCAGAUAUUUAAUUUAAAAUAGUGUAAUUUUUCACUAAACCGCUAAAAAUUUAAACAAAUAUUUACCACUAAAAAGUACAAUGCCCGAUCUCGAAUAUUAGGGCUUGUGCGCAUAUGUGGCACAAGAUUAUCAAAAACGAGUAAAUCGCUGAAUUUCUGUUAAUGACUAAAAAUUUAGUCUAUGCGGCUUAAGCGGUCUCUUCAGUGGUGUAGCUGUAGUAGUGGCGCGAAUAGCUCCAACUGAGAACGCAGUGAUAUCAAUAGGUGUCGUACGGAUGGCUACUAACCGAGCGGGGAGUAUGUAGAUACCCAUCGGCGGCGUGAUGCCUGCCCCAUUUGCAUGUAUUUAAACUUGCCAGUGGAGCGUUAAAUUCUAAACUCGGUUUUGGGAGAUUGGUGAAUAAUAUUUAGUAGGAGUAUCGAACUAUGAUCAGCAAGCAGAACGGAUGUGGGAGUUUCUAAAAGAAAAACACCUGCCUUGAUUGCAUAUUUGAUAUUGACGGGGUUUUGGAAAAACAUAUAUUAAUAAUAAACCUAUAAAAAUGAAAAAAGCUGUCAUAUUCACCUGUGUAAAAAAAGAAAAGCAUCUAAAAUAUUUUGGUAUUAUCGUCAUUUGUGCCGGAUUUUUAUAACUUAUUAAAAAAAUUGGGCACGCAUCACCGCAAUAAAAAUGCGAAUACUAAGUGGUAAACAAAAUUUAAAGCUGACAAAAACUUAAAGGCGCCAAAAAUUGAAUUUGAUGCAUUUCCUACCGGUUCAAAUUGAAACUCCCACCUAAAUCGCAUAAAAAUGCGUUCACGCAAGAUCCUUAUCAUUGCUGGUUUUCUAACAACCUGGACUUUUAUAACCUAUUAUUUUUUAAUACGGAAUAGUACCAUGUACCCGUUGAAGGAUCGUUUGCUCAUCCAAAAACUAAAUAAAUUGGAACGUGAAUCUCGAAUUGAAAAUAAAGAAAACAGUAAACUUGUAGGACAACUCAUAGGCAUUAUAAAGGAAAAGAUUACAUCUGCUGACGUGGAGGAAUCACAACCAUUUAAGGAAACAAAAUAUCGACCAGUGGGCAUAGUAGCCAUUCCAGGAGAGCAGUCACUAGGCUUACAGGAACCGCGUCAAGCAAAUAGCAAUGAAGAUAAGCGGCCGGAGGAUGAGAUAGGCGAUAGUGGCAAAGGUCCACCAAUCGUCAAACCGACCAUGACUCGCAUGCCUAACGGUGAGCCCGUUAUACCGAUAUUAGUAAUUGCCUGCAAUCGCAUAUCUAUUCGAAAGUGUCUGGAUAAUUUAGUGCAAUAUCGACCAAAUGCUGAUCAGUUUCCAAUUAUAGUGUCACAGGACUGUGGUGAUCAACAAACGAAAAAAGCUAUAUUGAGUUAUGAAUCACAGGUCACAUUGAUCGAACAACCAGACCAAUCUGAUAUAUUAACGCCACCACGCGAAAAGAAAUUCAAGGGGUAUUACAAAAUUGCGCGCCAUUAUGGGUGGGCACUAAACACCACAUUUCAAAAAGGCUACGAAUAUGUCGUUAUUGUUGAAGACGAUUUAAACGUGGCUCCCGAUUUCUAUGAGUACUUUUUGGGAACACACACAUUACUUAAGCAAGAUCCGUCGUUAUGGUGUGUCUCGGCCUGGAAUGACAAUGGCAAGGAUAAGUUUAUUGAUAAUACAAAGCCUGAAGCGCUGUAUCGGACUGAUUUUUUUCCCGGACUUGGAUGGAUGCUUACCAGAAACCUAUGGCAAGAGUUGUCAGUUAAAUGGCCAAAGUCAUUUUGGGACGAUUGGAUACGCCAUCCCGAACAGCGAAAAGAACGAGCCUGCAUCCGACCGGAAAUAUCGCGGACGAGAACUUUUGGAAAAAUUGGUGUUUCGAAUGGAUUAUUUUUUGACAAAUAUCUCAAGUAUAUAAAACUUAGUGAAAAUUUUGUAAAUUUUUCUAAAAUGAACCUAAGCUAUUUAUUAAGGGAAAACUAUGAUCGCAUAUUUUUGAAUGACGUUUAUUCUUACCCUAUUGUAACAUACGAUGAACUACGCAGGAAUCUCAUUACUACCGAUGGACCCGUUCGAAUCCAAUACACAACCAGAGAGCAAUAUAAACAUAUAACAUCCAUUUUAGGGCUGAUGGGUGACUUCAAGAGUGGAGUACCGCGCACCGCGUAUCAUGGCAUUGUUUCGUUCUUUUACCAAAAGCGUCGAGUGCACUUGGCGCCAAACGCUAACUGGAAAGGCUACGAUCUUUCGUGGAGCUAACAGAAUAUUAUAUUCGUUUUGAAUUUAAACUAGACAGCAAGUUUUGAGAGCUAAUAUUUUUACUGUAUAAAACUAAACAUAGCGUAAAGAAGUACCACAAACCAUUGUCAUAUGAAUUUUGUCAGAAGUGUUUUUUCAUACAUUUUUAUCUACUAUAUGUCUCGUACUCCUGUGCAAAGUGUAUACAUACAUACCAAGCGGAAUUUGAGGAUGUGUUAAAUAUUUAUAACUAAUAGCCACAACCAAAAACUAAAUUAAGUUAGAUGCGUGUGAGUGUAAAGUUUGAAUUUGAAUUUGAAUUUGUUAGUUUUAUUUAUAUUUUAAUAAUAAUAUAUAUGAUUUACAUGUAAAAUAAAAACGACUACUAUUUACACACACUAUCAUUUCUGUGAACUCGAGAAAACUGUAAAAAUUCGUGCUCGAAUUAUUUUUGCUCAUACGAUAAAGAACUAAUUAUAUAUAGUAGUAAUAUGCUCUCUAAAGGAAAUAUGCGAUGUUAUUUUGGGGGCUUGCCCUCUGUCAUAGGUAGCUAAUAAGUUUGCCAAUACAAAAACUAAGAUUUUUGUUGAAUACAAGCGCA